UAUUAGGUUGAAUCGUAUAGUAGUAGAAGAACAGAGGUCAGAUGGGAGCCGAAAAAACCUUUAAAGUUCCUGACUGGAAGAGUUAUAAAAUAGAUGGAAUUAAGGAGUUAGAAUGGACUAGAGAUAAUUUAGCAAGAAAAGGCUUGAAAGAUCCAUGGCUAAGGUAAGGAUGAAGGCGAAUAGGUUUUAGUGAGCGAAAAUAUGGUUUUAAUGCCAUAUUUAUAUCGUUGCUACUAAUGUGAACUAUCAUAAUCGUCUGUUAUAUUUCGAUAGAAAUGAGGUAUGGAGAUUUCAAAAUCAUCCCGGACCCAUGAAAAACGUGCUUAUUACGUUCUCGAGAGGAUUCAAGUAUGCCGUUGGUUUAAUGGCAAUUACUAUAGCCGUUGACAAAGCCUUUGGUAUUACCGAAAAGCGAAGUCACAUUAAUUAUAAGCAUCCUGACGCGGACUACCAUCAUCACUAAACAAAAAGAAUAGAAGCUAUGUGUGUGAAAGACAGUAGAAUUGCCAACUUAAUAAUAAAAAGUUAUACAAAAACAAAGCGCAAAAAGGCGAUAUCAAAGUGCGGCGAACAGUAAACUAAAAUUAAUCAAAUUUUUAUUCGUGCGUCGUUUUGUGAAAAGUUGUAUUUUAUAACUAUUGCAUAUAAAAUAAAAUACUAUAAUGGCGAUCGUAUAAAAUGAACAACAAAAGAAAAUAAAUAAACAAUAAGAAAGAGUAAACUUUUUUAGUGUUUAUAGAAAAGAUGAAAGAUUCUAGAAAGACCAGUUUAGAUGGAUAUCUUACUAUCAAUUGAUUUUCUAUAAAAUGACAAUUAGUUUAUUGUUGGAAGAGAGUUUUUUCCACUUUCUAAAUUGGUCAAAUACGAAACCGACAUUUGUUCGCUUAAAGUUAUUCAGUGUCCUGAAUUUGAUAUUGAUUCGAUUGUUUAGUUGUCAGAAAAUUAAAGAAACUAUUCGAUGAAUUCUGCCGCAAUUCCAACCCCUGUUGAAGAUAUACAUGGAGAUGGAAGGUGGAUGAGUAUGCAUCAACGAUUCGUCGGACAAGUUAAAGAAAAGGAGCCAGAAAUUCUUUUUAUUGGUGAUUCUUUGAUUUCGCAGAUGGCUUUAACUGAUUUAUGGCAAAAGAUGUUCGUACCAUUACACUGUUUGAAUUUCGGAAUCGACGAAGACAGAACAGAGAAUGUUUUAUGGAGAAUCUCAAAUGGUGAAUUGGAAUGUAUAAGUCCAAAGGUCAUAAUAUUAUUAGUGGGAACAAACAAUUAUGACAACUCAGCCGAAGAAAUAUCAGAAGCAAUUUUAGCUAUAGUAGAUGUCGUUCAAGGAAAGCAACCUCAGUCGCAGCUAAUUGUUAUGGGAAUUCCACCAAGAGGAGAAAAUCCGAAUCGUGUAAGGGAUAAAAUUGAAAAAUUAAACUCUUUACUCAAGCUAAAGUUGGAAAAAUUGGAUCAAGUAACAUUCUUGCAAGUCGAUACUUCAAUGUUUGUCAACUCAAGUGAUGGAACUAUUGACCCUUCCGACAUGUACGACUAUUUACACUUUACUACCAAAGGAUAUCAGAAAUUAACAGAGCCGUUAUUGGACGAAAUAAAUAACUUACUGAUGUCAUUUGAAAGAACAGAUAGUAUGGAUGCUCCAGAUGACCUAUAAUAAGACUAAGGAAAAUAAAAGGCUUUUCUUCCGGCUUAAUCGUUCAAGCUUUAAGCUUCUACAGGAGUGAAUCUGUUCUAUAUAAAUGUGUAUAUCUAAAUCAUCAUUGUGUUCUAAAAAUGCUGAAGUAUAUGUGUGUAAGUCAUAUAGUGCAGGAAUUAAAUAACUUGAAGAAAAUAGCUUCUUCUGUGUUGAUAUAAAAAAAGAAACAUACAAGUGCAUUAAUGAAAAAAAUUAUACAUAAAAAAGAAUAUCAUUUGAAAUUUUACUAAUAUUGUUGCAUACUAUUUUAUAUAUUCCUUCUCUCUUUCUCUUAUUUUCUUAACAUUUGAAUCAUGAGGCUGCAUCUAAGGUAUCGUCGUACACAUAAAGGCCUCCCUCUUCUUUUUAUAGGUUAUUCUUUCUUACAAUAAUAAUUAGCCAUUUUUUUUUUAGAAUGGUAUAAUUUGAGAUUUUAGAAAAAAUUUUGCUUAAAACAAAAGAUAUACUGCCAAAUGCUUUAAUAUUCUAUACAUUUAUGCCAAUAAAAUGUAUAUAUAUAUAUAUAUAUACAUAGAUAAAUAUAUU